GUCAGUGCGCAGCAGCGGAGGACCGCGAGACUCUGGCGGAGGAGAGAACCGCGGACUGGAGCUUCUCCCUCCGACACCGCUCCGGACUAAAAGAACCACCCCGCAGACACAACUUUCCCGCACUUUCACCGCCACGGCUGCGCGCUCGCUCGCGGGACUUUCUCCCGCGUGGACGUCGGACCAACUCCCGAUAGGUGCCAAUUAUUGGGCUGGUGGAAAACCCUGCCCCCGGCCCCCGCUGACCCCGAUCGCCGGAUUUACCGUCCACCCAAAGAGGAAUUACGCCACUUUUAGACUCCGAUCAAGAGAGGAGGAGCGGCGCAGCAAAAUGCCCAGCUUGGCUCCUGUUCAGACCAUCUUCUGCUCUCGGGGUCUGGCUGCAGCGGCGCUCUGGUGAAACGCUGGUUCAGGACCACGUGGAUAAAAGCUUCAGGGCUUUGACAUUUCUCGUUUUUUUUUUUUUUUUUUUUUUUUGACCCGCUCUUGUUUUUUGGGACGGAGGCCCAGAUGAUGUGGGGGCUUUGCUCCGGCAUAUGCAGAGCCCUGGCUCUGCUGGCCGUCCUGCUCGCCUUCCAGGAGGAGAGGAGCUGCUGGGGGCUGAAUCACAGCUCUGGGGAUCUGGAGACGUCCCCACAACCUGAUCCAGGCCCCCCCAGGUCCCUGCACAGGAACAAACGCAGCUGGGUUUGGAACCAGUUCUUCGUGCUGGAGGAGUUCACGGGGAACGAGCCGCUCUACGUGGGCAAGCUUCACUCCGACGUGGACAAAGGGGACGGCAAAGUGAAGUACGUGCUGUCAGGCGAGGGCGCCACUUCCAUCUUCACCAUCGACGAGAACACGGGGGACAUUCACGCCACCAAGCGCCUGGACCGAGAGGUUCAAGCCUACUACACUCUCCAAGCCCAGGCAGUGGACCGACUCACCAACCUGCCCGUGGAGCCCCGGUCGGAGUUCGUGGUCAAAGUCCAGGACAUCAACGACAAUGAGCCCAAGUUUCUGGAUGGUCCAUAUCUGGCUGGAGUACCAGAGAUGUCGCCUCUCGGAACCAUGGUGGUGCAAGUGGCAGCCACAGACGCCGAUGACCCAACGUACGGGAACAGCGCCAGAGUGGUCUACAGCAUUAUCCACGGACAGCCUUACUUCUCGGUGGAGCCCAAGACAGGUGUGAUCCGAACGGCACUCCCCAACAUGGACCGGGAGACCAGGGACCAGUACGUGCUGGUCAUCCAGGCCAAAGACAUGGUGGGGCAAAUGGGCGGUCUCUCUGGAACCACCUCCGUCACCGUCACACUGACCGAUGUCAACGACAACCCACCGCGCUUCACUCACAAGAUCUAUCAGUACACAGUUCUGGAGUCGCUGCCCGUUCAGUCUGUGGUGGCCAGAAUCAAAGCCGCCGACGCCGACACCGGCUCCAACGCUGAGAUGGACUACCGGAUCAUGGAUGGCGACGGGCCCGGCAUGUUCAACAUAACCACCGACGAGGUCACACAAGAGGGUGUCAUCAUCCUGCUGAAGCCUCUCGACUUUGAAACGAAGAGCAGCUUCUCCCUGCGAGUCGAAGCCACCAACAGGAAUAUCGACUCCAACUUCUUGAGUUUGGGCCCAUUUAGCGACACGACAUCAGUCAAGGUGACAGUGGAAGAUGUGAACGAGCCUCCGGUUUUCUCCGAGCUGCUGAGCAGGAUGGUGGUUUCCGAGGAUGCGAAAGUCGGCACCUCCAUCGGGAGAGUCUCUGCGCAUGACCCAGAUAAUUCCAACAGCGGUAUCAGGUACUCUAUCGACAGGAACACGGACCUGGAGCGCUUCUUCAACGUGGAUGCUCUGAGCGGAGUCAUCAGCACGGCCAAGCCUCUGGACCGGGAGGCCAACUCCGUCCACAACCUCACCAUCUUGGGCAUCGAGAACCAGGACCGAACUCAGAUCGGGAAAGGCGUCGCUCUGAUCACGGUGUUGGACAUCAAUGACAACGCUCCGGUGUUUGCCAUCGACUAUGAGACGCUGCUGUGCGAGAACACCACGCCGGGACAGGAGAUCCAGACCAUCAGCGCUGUGGACAAGGACGAGCCUCUGAGUGGUCAUCGCUUUUACUUUUCUUUAACUGCUCCUGUCGCCGGAAACCAGAACUUCACUCUCCGGGACAACAAAGACAACACGGCGUCCAUCUUGACCAAGCGAGGGGGGUUCCGCCGGCGGGAGCAGCCAGUGUACCGCCUGCCGGUGUUGAUCAUGGACAGCGGGAGUCCGGCGCUCAGCAGCACCAACACGCUCUCCGUCCGCGUGUGCGAGUGCGAUUCCGACGGCGUGGCCCUGUCCUGUGGAGCCGUGGCGUACACGGCAACAGGGCUGAGCACCGGCGCCCUGCUGGCCAUUUUAGGCUGCAUCAUCACACUUCUAGUGAUGGUUCUGUUGAUCGUCACGAUGCGCCGUCGGAGGAAGGUUCCGUUGAUCCUGGAGGAGGAGCGAGACAUCCGAGAAAACAUCGUCCGCUACGACGACGAAGGCGGAGGCGAGGAAGACACGGAGGCCUUCGACAUGGUCACGCUCCGGAACCUCAACGUCAUCAGAGACCCCACCGUCCGGCGAGAUGUCACGCCCGAUACCCCGACUUUCUUCCACUACACCUCCGCCUCCCGUCCGCCUUUCAAGUCGCUGCCGGACAACGUCGUGUUUCGAGAAUUCAUCUGGGAUCGACUCAAAGAUGCUGACAUCGACCCUUCUGCGCCCCCGUAUGACUCGCUGCAGACGUACGCUUUCGAAGGCAGCGGCUCCGUGGCGGAGUCAUUAAGCUCCCUGGAGUCACUAAGUACAGACUCGGAUCAGAACUAUGAAUAUCUCAGCAACUGGGGACCUCGCUUCAAAAAGCUGGCCGACCUAUACGGCACCAGCGACGGCACCAGUGUCUUCUCAUAGCCACAACAAGUGUCUUCUGAUGUUACUUGGACCUUGGGAAAAAAAAGUUAUUUAUUGUCUAUGAAGAAGGUGGUGUGGAACGCCUUACGGAGGAGAUUCAAAUACAACACCAGAGAGAUUGGACGGGAAGCAAAUAAAAAACGCUGCGGUUGUUUACCUCCUCGUAUGGAUCUUCAAAAGUCUGCCGGGUUUUUUGACGCAGACUUCAAAAAAAGACGGAAGCCUUGUGUGCAAAGAGACAUAAAAAGGUUUCAGAAUUUGGACGGCGGUUCAGGCGUUGACCAAUAAACGUGACAGAGACGGUGAAUCUCCUUUCAUUCCAGCGACAGGCGACCCGCUUUUGAAGCAUUCCUUCGCCAUCUUUGUGCUGAAACCUUCAUCCCGACAAGCUGUCUCCCAGUCGGUAGUCACCAAACAGUCCAUAUGCAUUUUCUCUAACGGCAGUUCACACAGGGUUCUCUUUGACAUGGAUCUCCUCGCACCUUGGGAACUCUGCUCAUAGGAUGGUCCUGUAAGGCGAUUUUCUUCUUCAAAUACGAGACGUGUUCGCAGUCAUGGUGUUAAACAACUUCAGCUUUUUCUAUGAUGAGGCUAAAUGUGGUUGGUCAGGACUUACUUGUAGCGAUUCUGAUCUUACACGACUUGACCUCAAAGCAUUUCAGACAGUAUCAAACGACAGCAGAGCUCAGAAGGCGGGGCAGAAGAAGCUCGCACGGAUUAGUGCACCGGUAUCCGACACAGACGGAGCGGACACGCGAAGAGACAGUGCCAGCCGUCUAAUUGUUGAAGCGCUUCUGCAGUGGUCAGUACAAUAAAAGUGGUUUGGUGUGUCCCAAGUGGUGGCAGUAGUUGGCCUCAAGACUGGUCCUCAUUGUCCACAAGAAUCAUCACUACACACCAGCAGCUCUUCUCCUGGCUACACUCUGUUGUACAUACUCUCCUCAAACCAAGUCAGACACAAAAUAAUAAUAAAUAAAAUUCUGUACAUUCAUUCAUAUUCCACUGCUUUUGUGGGUCGCGGGGUAAGAGGGUCAUAUUCCAGGUAUCUUGGGCAAGAGGUGGGGGACACCAUAAAAGGGUCGCCAACAGGGAACACAGAGACAAACUACCACUGACGCCUAUGGAUAAUUUAGAGUAGUCAGUCAACCUCUGUGUGUUUUUGGACAUUGGGAGGAAACCAGAGUAAAUCCACACAGAGGGGAGAACGCCACACAGAAAAGGUCUAAGGUUACUCUGAGCUGGAACCUGGAACUAACCCAAAAUUGUCCACAAAUAUCAAAGAAUGAAUUUGAGUUAGCAACCCAAUGUACUGUACUGUCAUUGGGUGUUCAGCUCACCUGAGUCUGGACUCUCGGGCCGGUAAGGGAGUCUGCCCUUCAACGGACUAUAUGACCCCACUCCUUGGGUGGGUGGGGUAUUCUUGCUACAGCUAAUAGAUGUCUUCGGAUGGAAGCAUGGUGUUUAGCUGCUCUAAACACCAGGCACCAGGUCUGGCUCCAGAAUGGGGCCCUGCUGACCCCUGUCUGAGCGCAGGUGAGCCUUUCUUCUUAGAACCCGCACCUCGGACUUAGUGCCAACCUGGAAAUGACUCCUUCAGAAAGGAACACAAAGGAAGUCAGGGCUUCUUUGUCUUGACUGGUGCAGCCUUGACCCAACCCCUGCCACAAAGGCAUUCAUCAGUAGAACAAGUCCACUGACCAUGAACUCCAACAAAUGAACCGCUGUUUGGCUGUUUCAGGUAUCAUUUCCAGAUCAGUCAACUCUUUCCCCAUAAUCCAACCAAACAUCUGUUUUCUUUUUACCUGAAGCAUCCCAAGUCGUGUAGUGUACGGAGGGCGCACUUCACCACGCCUCCCCAGACUGUAAAAGAAAAGCAUAUCUAUUUCCAAAGUGUCUGCUGGGGUGAAGUUUGUGAUAGGAUGAGGUUUGCUUCUGUAGUUUGGAAAGUCCAGCGUAUAUACGAGAGAACACACUGUAUGAUAAUCAUAUCUCGGCGACUUUACUUUGUCCCGUUUUUGUUGGGUGUCGACAUGUACUACCGAUAUGUAUGAUUAUUCAUUUUGAAGAUUCAGAAUUGUGUAACGUUUUUAUCUUUUUU